AUGAAAAUGGCAAGUAAAAUCAGUUGUGGGUUCGCGAAACGUCCCGCUAAUAAGCAUUGGGUUUCUUCAGGCUCCUUACAACUCAUUGAAGCCCAUCGGUCUACUCCGGGCGACCGUGAGUUUGACCACAAACGAAGGAUGUUACGUAAGGAAAUCGGGCAAAGCUUGCGUAAGGACCGAAAAGCCUGGUGGUCGGAGCGUGCUGAUGAGCUGGAAGCAGCAGCUGCAUCUGGUAAUUACCGGAUGCUCUUCCAACUCAUCCGAGCCACUGGCAGCAAGAAGUCUGGUGUAAAUGAAACAAUCUGCGAGGAUGAUGGGAUGCCAAUCACUAA